AUGGUACAAGAGGCCGAAGCUCAAGCUGUCACAAGCAAGGCCAAAGGAGGAAGAAAGGGAAAGGUAAUGCAACUGCGAGCCAUUGACAAUGAGGCCACCAACGAGUCAGACACUGAGGUGAAUGACGAUGAUGCUGAGGAAGAAACUGACUCUGACUCAGAUCAUGACAACAAUAAAAAGCAAUACAAUUUUCGUACCCUAGCAAAACUACUUGAGCCUGUCCCAAAACUCACAUCGCACAACUAUUAUAGUUGGAAUGCCCAUAUCAAGUCCUUUCUACGAUGUGUUCCUCACACUAUGAAGCAUCUCGAUGGAGCAUAUGACAAGAAACAUCCCAAAUGGAACUGCACAUUCAAUGAUGCUUUGACAAAUGCAUUAUGCAGUACCAUUGACACCACCAGAGAAUACAAUAUCAAUUACUUGAUUCUUGACAUCAUCAGGGAGCACCAUAUGUUCCAUCAUGUAUGGAAGAAGAUCGAAAAUGGACUCACCAAUGAGGCCACUGCCAUAUCUCAUCAUAUUGCAUUAAUCACUCAGCUAGGUGAACUAAGGAUGCACAACUCAGAUGUACGAAAGCUUAUCCAGGAAAUAAGGACCAUCCAAAUGGAGAGCAGCUUACUGGAAAAGCCAUUCACUGAUGACACUCUGUUCUCUAAUCUACAAAAGUGCACUAUCCAACAUCCAAUGUACAAGGAGACUGUUGCCACCAUCAGCCAGCUUAGUUUUAACGCCCUCACCACUGCCCUAUCCAUUUGGCAGUCAGUGAUCGAGAACAACCCCACUCUGAGAGUUGACCCCUGUCAAGCAAGCACCAGAGUCGCCAGCAGCGACAACCAGGACGAGACACCCAGAAAGGAGGAGAAAGAUGAAAAGGACACUGACAGCACCAGCACCAAAGUUGCUGCUAGACCUCAAAGGCUCUGA